CUGCAAGAGAAGAAGACAAGAUGGUCAGGUACAGUCAUUUUAGUGUCGUGUUGGCCAAAUUGGUCCACGGAAUUUCUCUAUAUUGCGGAGGAAACUCCAAGCAUUGCAGGCAUACAUUUGCCUGCGUGCCAUUGCCCGGAAUUUUGUUGGCGAUAUUAGAUUGAGGCAGGCUCAGCUGUGUUCUCUUACUUCAGACUGUAAACAGCAGCAUCUAGGUGUGUGCAAACUUUACGUUGUCCGAAAUCGUGAACAAAACGUGUACGUGGUUGACACUUGACGUCGUCCGAUCCAGUCUAUUGCUAACGUCGUAAUCAGAUGGCCGCCGUGUGACUGCGGACAGAUCAGGAUACCAGAAGUCAGGCCUCUCAUUGCCUAACACACGAACAUGUUCAACGUCCAGACCACUACUCUGCACCUGCUGUUGGUAGUGACGGUCACUGCCGCUUCGAUCGACUUCCCUGGUGGAGGUUGGAGGUGCAAUGACGGGUCGCGAGUGGCGUACCACUUUCGCGCAUUGCCGCAACGCGAGAACAGAGCUAUCAACUACUGUCUCAUUCGUAACAUGCGAUUACCGAGCAUUGCAGACGAGCACACCAAGUGCCUUCGCAACUAUCGCCACUCUCUCUUCCCACAUCUCCUGCGCCCAGCGGAGAUGUGGACGGCUCGUAAUGUCAGCACACCUUUUAUCUGCUCAUACUAUCCCGACUAUGAUCGCAGAUUAUGCCGAUGGAACGCCAAACGAUAUUCACUGUGCAAGGAAAGAUUAGGAAGAACAGUAUUAUCCACAGUAUGUGACCUUCGGCCAGCUCCAGAGAAUGGCUACGUGUCCUACCCGUCCGGAAUCUCUUACCCAUCUGUAGCUCAGUAUGGGUGUCGCCGGAACUUCACGCUCAUCGGACGGACCAGGAUCUCCUGCAACCGAAGCGGUCUGUGGCAGUAUCCACAGCCUGUUUGUGCAGGUACUCAGGAUCUGGCUGUUGACGAGUUGAACGUCUCCAUAAACGCGACAAUUGUCAACUGCCCCAGUGGCUUUGAGUUCCACAGUCGAACCAAGGCAGUUUGUCGUGCCCUGGCGGACGAAUGGCUCCACAUCAACAUCACCGUCCCAGAAGGCGUACAUGUGCCUGUCCCUGUAACUGUGCCGGAUGAUGGCCCUACUGCCAGUACUGGAAAGUCUGACACUGGAACGUCCAACGUGGAAAACAGCUGCAAGGCCUCGCCGGCCUCUCCGACGUGGAUCAAGCAGAGCGGCAGCGUUGUCGCCGUAUGCGUUAUCUGCAUACUUCUGCUUGUGAUUGUAAUCCUUCUCCUGAGUCGAGCACAGGGCAAGCUGAGUGCCGCCGAGAGGUUCACUACGAGCAUGUUGAACCGAAUCACCGCCAGCCGCAGCAAUGAGGAAGCUGUACAGGAGGUUAGCACCGCUCCAGAACAGGCACAUGCCAUCCCAGGACGCACGAGCUACACCCAGGUGGAAAUCGUAUCCAAUCCGAGAGGCCGGCGCACUGGCCAGAUAGAGGCUGGUGAAGAAUCGGCCACCAUGGGAGCAUCGUUGCACACCAGUAGUAGUACUGGUGAGAACACACAGCAACGCAUCAGCUACUCACAGGUGGUGCUGAAAAGUGACAGAAAUCCUACCUCCGGCGCAGAACCGUCCGCUGUUUGAGUGUAGGUAGGGGAGAUGUCUUGGCACAUGACAUUCAUCGUUCCACUUAUUAUUUCAACUCAAUUAAUUAUUUGCAAAGCGUUCACGGUGUGGGCACGUACGAACGAUUGACUCAGAGUAAACCAUACAUGUAGUCAAGUUACUGGUACAUUCUUCCAUUGCCAUGAUCCGCUGAUUCUUAAAAGCUCAAAAUGUUAUGGAACAUUGCCAGGGUAAACCUGUACACAGUGCAUGAUGCACUGCUGAAUGGUUUUGAGAAUACAGGACGUUUUGAUGUCGAUCUCGUCUUUAGAUCUACAUAGUAAAAUGUCAUGUACGUGUACAUGUAUGUUCUGGACUCAUGCUUAUACAUUCAGCUUUCUUAUUCUUCCCUUUCUCGUACAUGCAUUUGCCCCAUCCGUAUGUGUGCGAACGCGCGCGUGUGUUGUGUCUUUUCUCCACGUGCGCUUACUUUUCUUUCUCUUUCCGUCUCUCAUUCUCUAUCCCGCUUUCUGUCUCUCACCCCCUUUUUUGCGUUCAGUCGACCACAGUGCAUGUGCAUGUGCGUGCGCAUACUUGUGCGAUGGUUGGAUUCUGGAGUAAAUAUUUAAUAUCUACAUGUAGCGGUUCACAUAAUGAAUGGGUUAACAGUGUG